UUUUGUUCUGUGUUUUACACCAUUUUAAUACAUUACUGAACUGAAUUAUGACAAAUUUAUAUAAUGCAUACCAAUGAGCAAAUGGGCCAGCAACCUGUGCUGUGAACUGUGAAUCACCUAAAAUUGCUUAGUGAAAGCAAUGCCUCACACUUACACACAAUGAAUUUCAUAAGGUUACUGGAUUUGCACAUUAAACUCAGCACAGAAAGACAAAUAUACCAUUUUAAUGAUUGCCAAUCAACCUCUCUGACCUGUAAAUUAACAAUAAAAUGUUUGGAGCCUCAUUACUCAGGAAUUUUUCCAAUUGCUGUUGUUUUUAAAAUAGUCUAAAAAAAUCUUACAUUUCCCAUCUGUCAUUUCACUCUGUCCGUCCAGUUUUCCUUUCUUCUGGAUUUCUCUUUCUUUUUAUACAGAGACACAACAUUUUUUCUCAGUGUGGCCAAUUGAAUAUUUACAAGCAAAGCCUGUUAAGGGCAAUGCUAAUAUCAAAAAGUGAGGGGGUGAGUGUUUUGGGAUGGGGGAGGGGACUAAAUCAAAAUGGAAUUGGAGGAGGAAAUAAAGUACUGUAUCCCCUGUGGUGCAUGGAUUUCUCUUUCUGUACCUGAUUUGACAUUGAAUUAACUGGUUCAGACCUUCCUGUUUAUUCCUCAAUCCUUUAAUCCUAUUGAUUAUAGUGAUACAUUAUUGGCCCCUCAGUCAUCAAGAUCCCAGAUUACCUGUUGCCACUACUGUGGACCUAACAAUUUAUAGGGCAAAAAUGAAACAGUUGUGUUGAAGAGGUCCUGGAGGAAAAAGGGAAAAUGACCAGGGAUAAGGUGGAGAAUGCUGGAAAAGGUGUUGAGACCAUGUGAAAAUGCAGUGGGUGCUAGGCAAAAUGGUAGAUAGACCUUUAAGAGGAGUGGGGGUUGACUGGAGGAGAGGAGAGGGAGUUGGGUAUUUGUGAAGAGAUCAGUGCUGGAAUGGGGUGAGACCAGGAGAGGAUGCAAAGGAUGAUGGGAUGCAUGAGGAGAUUACUAGGUCAGGAAACCGGAUAAGGGGUGAAUGGCGUAAAGAAACUGGAGGAGAAUGGGAAGGUGGGGAGCAGGAGGAGACAGCAGAAAGGCUGGGUAUUGGUUGGUGUAGACUGGAAGGGGGAGACUGGGAAGAGCAUAGGGGGGGGGGGGGGGAGGGGGGGGUUUUAGAGACCAAAAAAAAGGUGGGAAUGGAGGGGCUCAGAGACUGGAAGAAGUAGGAAGGGAGGAGUUAAGAGAGCAGAAAAAGGGAUGGAAACAGGACAGGAAGCCAGGGGAAGGGAAAGGUUAAGAGAGGGAGUAUUGAAGGGGAGAGGAUUAGCACUGAAGACGGGGUGGCAGUAGCCUGAAGUGAUUUGGGACUGGCGGUUAUUGACUAGGGUUAGUGCGGCGGAGGGCGAUUAUGCUAUAAGCCCCCGGUUUCUGGAGCUCACAUUCCAGCAUGGUGAGGCAACCACUAGCAGUAAACGAGUGCAGGCCGCCCAAAAGGGGAGGGACCAGGGAGGGGAAUCAGGGAAAAAAAAAUGUCGAGUGCUUUCCAGAAAGGUCUCGGCCGAAACGAUGCACCUUUGAUGCGGAGAAAUCUCCCGUCUUUAGUGGAGCGGCGCUGACGUAAUGGGGAUAAAGUUAGGCCUGAGUGUCGCAGUUGGAAUUAGAGCGGCCGGCGGGAGGGAUUGAACGAGAGGUGUUGGAUCCUGUCUCCAAUCUCCUCGUAUCCACGGCUUCAGGCUGUACCGGGAGCUGGUGAUGACAGCCGCUAUUUUUAACUACCAUCAUCAGCCGGAGGCCGCUAUAAAAGGGGCCGCAGCUGCGACAUGCACUAUUACAGCAGCGUCUUAACGCACUACCCCGGCACCGCCUUCAAAGUCUCCAUUCCAGCGGCGGAGAAAGCGCCUGUCGAGGGCCCGAGUUUCGGAGUGAAGACUGAGCCCGCCGCUGCCGCCUCCUCCUCUACCGCCGCUGCCAUGCCCGCCUUCUCGUCAUGCGAACUGCUGCCCCCGGGCCCGGCUCCAUCUCCGGCCUCGCUCCUCUAUACUUCCACCGCCAGGAUUCCCCUGCGGCCGCUCGAGAGGAUGGUGCCGAUCCAGAUCCUGAGCGACAGAGCGCAGGCCGAGCCCCCGGUGCCGGGCCAUCAGGGACGGGGCAUUUGGACCGAGGACAUCCUGACGGAAGGAUCGCGGAAGGUUUCAGCCCGGAUCCCGGGCGAUGGUCAGCAAGAGCGGGCAGCGACGGACUUACAGCCCGCCUUGGAAGGGCCGGAGACUGCCUUCAACCUGUCGGACGGUGACAGCACCGAGCGGGAGUACCAGAACUGGGCCGGGCCGGGUCCUGAGUCCCGGGCUACGGAGGCGGCUGAACAGCGCUGCAGCAGUGCCUGGGAACUCGACGGUGGCUUCAGGACCGUGGACCUGGUGGUGGAGAACAAGGCGGACAAAAACGAUAAAGUGGCGCGUUACCUGGCAGAAGUGGAGAAGCAGAAUAGUUACCUGCGGGAGCGACAAAAAUACCGGUUCCAUAUUAUUCCAGACGGCAACUGUUUGUACAGGGCCGUCAGUAAAGCUGUGUACGGUGACCAGAACAUGCACAAGGAGCUGAGAGAAGAAACAGUCCAUCACAUCGCAGAUCACUUGGACGAGUUUAACCCCAUCAUCGAAGGGGACAUUGGGGAGUUUUUAAUCAACGCUGCCCAGGAUGGGGCCUGGGCUGGUUACCCAGAGCUGCUUACUAUGAGUCAAAUGCUGAACAUUAAUAUAUACUUGACCACAGGAGGUAGCCUGGAAAGCCCAACAGUUUCCACUAUGGUGCAUUGUCUUGGCCCAGAAGAUCAAUCAAAAUCCAGCAUAUGGCUGAGUUGGUUGAGCAAUGGACACUACGACGCUGUGUUUGAUCAGGCUCUACCUAAUCCAGAGUAUGAAACCUGGUGCACACAAACACAUGUUCAGAGGAAACGAGAUGAGGAGUUAGCAAAGUCCAUGGCAGCUUCUCUUUCAAAAAUGUACAUUGAGCAAAAUGGCUGUUUUUAAAUGACUUUCCUCCCAAGCAUAAACAGUUCAGUUCAGGACCUAAGAUUCCCUGCAUAAGCUGAUGAAACUGAUAUGAGCAAGACUAGUAAGAAGUACAAAUGUAAAGAUUGUUAAUACGGUUUUUAUUUAUUUAUAUGCUUACACAUUGAUUGGGCUAACAGCACUUUAAAAUGGAUCAGAAAAUCAACUCUAAGUAACGCCUUAAUUAAAUGUGUGAAUACCUAGAUGUUUUACCAAAUGUUUGAGCUCAAACUAAUGAAGGUUGCAGGGCACCUGAAUUUUUAAUCAGGCUUAUUGCAGAUAAGAGACCAUAGGAUUGAAUGGGACUGCAUUGUCUCAUUAAGCAUGUUUUUUAAAAUUUUAAACUUCUGAUGUUUGGAAAACAACUGAUGUUUAAUCUCUGCUUUGGAGAGUUUUUAUUCUGAAUGCUUUUUUUAAGAGACUUAUUGCAAUUUUUUGCAAUUGCUGGUUUGUUAUUGUCAUAUCUCCUUCAUUACGUUCUUGUAUUUGGUAUUCUGGCAGGUAGCUAAUUGCCACCUUGAUUUUUUUAAUUGGUUAGAAUAGAGAUUUUAGAUCUUUAAAGUUUAGCUACAGUUACUAACAUCAUGACUGUCUGUCUGUCUGUUUCUUGCCAUUUCACUGACUUUUAUACGCUGUUCAAGAUGUAUUGACAUCCGAAAGUGGUUUGCAGGGUCAAACUUGUAACCAGUUUGCAAUUACUGUAUUUGUAUUGAUUGUGAAGUUAUUAAUCAACAUGGAAUGAAUUAAAGCUAUAUAACAUUUCUCAAA